UCUGCAGCUGACCUGGCCAAUCUUUGUUCCUUGCUUCCUUCUGUUGCAAACGUGCAUGUCUUUAUAAAAGAACCCCAAAUUGCUUGCUUGCCUUCCUGCUAAUCACCGCCAAUCUUGCAUUGUUCUUUCUUUCGUUCCAUAAGUCGUUGCAUCAAUAUUAGCCUGAUUUUGAGCUAUCAAAGUAGCAAAACGAUGGCAAGUGCUAGCUCACCGGAAGGUGCAAGUUCGAGCUCUCCUGAAAAGGUCAAGAUGGUCACCGUCCUGAGCAUCGACGGCGGCGGCGUCAGAGGGAUCAUCCCGGCCACCAUCCUCGCCUUCCUUGAGAAAGAGCUCCAAAAACUGGAUGGUCCGGAUGCUAGGAUCGCUGACUACUUCGACGUCGUCGCCGGCACGAGCACCGGUGGCCUCCUGACGGCGAUGCUCACUGCUCCAAACGAGAACAACCGGCCACUGUUCGCCGCCGACGAAUUGGCCAAAUUCUACAUCGAACACUCGCCCAGCAUCUUCCCACAGAAGAACUGGGUCUUGUCCAAGAUCGCCGGCACGCUGAGGAUGGUGAGUGGCCCAAAGUACGACGGCAAGUACCUCCAUUCGCUGCUCCGAGAGAAGCUCGGCGACACGAGGCUGGACAAGGCGCUGACGAACGUGGUUAUUCCCACCUUCGACAUCGCUAACCUGCAACCAACCAUCUUCUCCAAAUUCGAGUUGAAGUACAAGCCACUGAAGAAUGCUCUCCUGUCGGACAUUUCGAUCAGCACCUCCGCCGCACCGACCUUCUUCCCGGCGCACUAUUUCGAGACCAAAGACGACAAUGGCCAGACGAGGGAGUUCAACCUCGUCGACGGUGGGGUCGCCGCCAACAACCCGACAUUGUGUGCAAUGAGCCAAGUGUCCAAGUAUAUCAUCCUCGAGGACAAGGAAGAUUGCGACUUCUUCCCGGUGAAGCCGACGGAGUAUGGCAAGUUCAUGGUGAUCUCCAUCGGCUGUGGGUCGAAUCACGAUCAGAAAUACAAGGCCAAGGACGCUGCCAAGUGGGGAAUCUUCAACUGGCUCAUCAAGGGUAGCUCAGCUCCCAUCAUCGACAUGUUUACUUCUGCUAGUGCUGACAUGGUUGACAUCCACCUCGGUGUGCUCUUCAGCGCUCUUCAAUGCGAAAAGAACUACUUACGCAUACAGUAUGAUCAGUUGACGGGCAGUGCGGGCUCGAUCGACGACUGCUCCAAGGAAAACAUGGAUAACCUGGUGAAGAUUGGGGAAAUGCUUCUCGACAAGAACGUCUCACGAGUAGACCUGGAGACCGGCCAUUACGUGGAUGUGGCCGGCGAAGGCACGAACAGAGAUCAGCUUGCCAAGUUCGCAAAGCAGCUCUCCGACGAGCGGCGCCGGCGCCAAAACGAGCCCUCAAAUUAAAUUGAAUUAAGGAGUGAUAAAAAAAAUUAAAGUGAUUUUACUGUUCUGCUAGGCCGUAAAAUCUCUUUAAAUUAAAAUCUCGGUUAUGUGUGAUGGUCGAACUGCUUCUGAUUGAAUCGAAUUGGUCUUCAUGUGUGUGUUGGGGGUGGUUUGUUACUUUGAAACAUGUUCCUCGUUCCAUUUUUGUAUAUAUCAGAAAUAAAAACUUCCAUUUCUCUAAUCAUA